AUGGAAAUGAAAGAGAUAGUAAAUCAUAAGACACUGUGGAAAAUGAGCUCAACUAGUGAAUCUUCACUAAUUACUGGUAUGGAAGUCAAUCCCUUGAAGAAAUUCACUAUUCCCAAGAUCAGGAGGGCAGCUGAGAAAGUUUACUUGUCAUCUUGCUGCACUGAUACCAGAGAAUAUGGUUUUAUACAUGAUACUCUUAAUCAGUGCAGGCUUAAUGUAAGCUGUGACCUCCAGUUAUCAUGGCAGUUUGGGGAUACAAAACUUGUUCACAAUGAGGAGCUGGAAAAAAAUUUUACUACUAAGAGAUCAGAGAUGCGUGAGAGUGGAAGACAUAGCAGAGAAUUUGAAGAACAUUUCUGCUUUUUAGCACUUUCUCAGCGUGAUGCAGCAGAAAUAUAUCAGAAUGGGAUAAGUACUGGAGCAUCUACAUUGAAGAUAUUAGGAAAUCCUCUUCUUGGAACUUAUAUAUUUAGACAUGUUGAUGUUGCCUUGAAUUAUGCUCAUAGUCAAAGCAUUACUGUAGAAAGUAUUAUGCUUUUUAAGGUUCUCUUUGGAAGAGUGAAGAAAGUUCAACCUUCUGUGGAUAAAAAUAAAGUUUCUUUGGAUCCUUCUCCUAAUUUUGAUUGCCAUAUGUCAAGAAGUAUACCUUCUUUGAAAGAUACCAUUGAGCUGCAAGCCUACAGUUCUGCAGUAUACUUUUAUGAAUACGAUGACCUUUCAAAGCCAGUAGAAAAACCUAGGCAAUGCCUUCCAUAUGCAGUAGUAACAGUAAGAUUUAUUGGUUUAAAAGUAGAUAAUGGACAGCUUAUGACAUCUUUGAGAUUCCUCUCAACAGGAUUUCCUAAGAGAGCUGAAAGAACAUGCUCUCUGAGUAACUGUACAGUGGCCAAAAGAAUUGGAAAAGGAAAAGAUGCUACUGUUAUCUUUGAGCAUUUCAGGAAACCUGUAGAUCCAUUUGUUCAGGAAAACUGUUCCUGUGAUGAACUAAAUUCAGAGAUAAAUCCUUCCAACUCAGAUGUUUCUAACUCCUAUAGAAAUGUGCAAAAUGGAAACAUUUCUAUACUUGAAACAUACAGCGGACAGACAGAACACAAUUUAGCAGAAAUUACAGAUACUUCUCAAGUAUAUGCACAUGAUUCAGGUCUUUCAUUUAUGGCCAGUGAUACCAAAGAAAGUGUUAAUGAUGACCUGUUGAUAAAUUUGACAUAUCUUAAAAAUGUUUUAAGUAGUGUUUCUGAUGCUUUACCUCUUCACAACAUUGGCUCAACCACAGUUAUCACUUCAAAAAUCAUCAAAGACCCAAGACUGAUGAGGAGAGAAGAAAGUAUGGGAAAACAGAAUAAUUCUCCAGGUUUAAAUGAGAUUUUGCCAUUUGAGAAGAGUUUAGAUUAUGUGAAUUCAGAAAUAAACCUGCCACCUGUGCCAACUAAUUCUCCGUCAUCAGGAGUCAUCCCUGAUGAUCAUACUGUUCUUACUAAUUGUUCGGAUGCCCCUUGCUUUAAAAUUUCUUUUGAUGAUUCACUAUCUCAGAGCAUGGGCUCUAAGGACUAUGUUUGUACAGUUCCCAAUAACAUUACCAUGGAAGGACAGUGUAAGGACCAAGACAAUUUUUCCUUCCCAAUUUCUUUGUCAAAUGUAGUUUCAGAAGUUGAGAAUGAAAAACACAGUGAGAAAAAAGCCUCAAAGAGAAGUAAUAUUCCACUUUUAAUUGAGCAAAGCAAUGAGCCACAUCACUCUUACAAGUCAGUGAAUGCUUAUACAAACGAGUACAAUGAUCACAUCUCUCAGGAAUCACAGUUUUCUAAUUCUGAAACUGUAUAUCAGACUGAUAACCAAAUAUCUAUACCUUUUCCUCUCCAAAAUAAAGCAAGCAUAGAUGAGUACAUUCAAAAUAUUGGAAAGAUGAGCAACUGCACUGACCCAGAAGACAAUUCCAAGCAUGGAGAAAAACAAACUUUGUGGAAAGAAAUUGAUAAUGAGUUCACUAAUGAAACAAAAAUCAGUCCAAUAGAUAAUUGUAUUUCUUCACACCAAAAAAACAAAGAGGGUGACAGUCUUGAUUACUUGAGAAAAAACUGUGAUAAAGUAUUAAUUACUGAGGAGUUAGAAAUACCUAAAUCUUCCACAUCUGCCACAAAGGAUAAGGAUGAACUAGAUCAUCUAACAUUAGAACUACAAAUCACUCCAGGUGUAGAAAGCCUUUUACAAAAGCAUCCUCAAUACUCUACAGAGUAUGAAAAUAACAUUCAUACAAGUUUUGCCAUUGCUCAAAAACUAAUGGAACCGAAGUUGAAAAAAAUAAAUCAGAAUUGUGUUAGUAUCAUGAAUAAUGCUUUCCAGGAAGCAAAAGACACCCCUCGCACCAAAGAAAUGAUCAUUGAUACAGUUAUUUCAUCUCAUGACAUCGAAACAGCUCGUGACAAUUCAAAUUGCCAUAUAACUAGAGAACAUAUGUGUAUCCAUAGAAAAAAUGAAAAUAAACCCGUGUCAUUAGAGAACAUUCAGAGAGACUGCAAAGAAAGUCUUUAUAUUGGAAAUGAAGAUGAAGAUCACACUCUAUUCUGUAAUGCACAGUUAAACAAUGAUACAUGCCUGAGUGUUAAUUUCAAAGAACAGAGAGGUAAUGAAAAAGAAAGCCAAAAUGAAGCUAAAGAGGAGGAUCGUGCUUUAUCUCCAGAAAACAACAUAGAAAAUAUAUAUGAAGACAAAAAGCACAACAAUUUCACCAAUAAAGAUGAAAGGAGGGAGAAUAGAAAUUAUAACAAUGUAGACCUUCUGAGUAUUGAAGAAUUUUCUACAUUUAACUUGAUUUGGGGAGAAAAAUGCAUAUCAACAGAAACUGCAUUAUUAGAGAAUGAAAAUACCAUUAGUGCCAUAAAACAAAAAGAUACUGAAAAUACUGGAAGAAGUGUGGAGCAAUUGGCUUCUAUAACCUUUCCCAAAAUUGCAAGUUCUUCAGUGAGUACAGUCUCAAAUGCUGCAGUACAGACAGCUAGUACUAUGCCUACAUUAAUCAUAAAUCAUGAAGAUCACCAAAGAAACCAUUUUAAAGUAACUUGUUCUUCUGAAUGCCGAGAUUUUGGCUUGCUAGUAAAACAUAGGACUUCUGAUUGUGAAAUUGAUAUGAAUAAAAGUAACUUACAAGAAUCAUUUCAUCAGUCAAUAAAUAACUCAGUUCCUCAGAAUUUCGAAUUGGGAAGUGAGAUUGAAGUCGAAACAGAAGAGUGUGAUGAUGCUUUUCUGUUUCAGCAAGAUGCAUAUAGCCAUGGAAGUGUACUUUAUGAAGAAAUUGAGGCCUUAUAUGAGGCUCUGAAGUCUCGUAUAAAUUGGAAAGAUCUAUCAGGAAGCAAUAAUGGGGAUAUGGGAGUUUUGGAAAGCACCACAAGAAGGGAGAAUAAUCAGCAUGAUUCUGAGGAGGGUAAUUAUGUUAACUCCUCCACACAAAGAAAUGAAACAGAGCUCCUCAACUCAGCUUUACUUCCAGAUCUACAGAUUCAAAUUACUAGUAUAUUUAGGCCAGAAUUUAGCCCCACUGCUGACUCCCCUGCAUUUAAAGAUAAUUACACAUGUGUAACUGAAGCCACAAAACCAGAAACAAAUAAGGAGGGGGAAGCUCUAGGAUUUGAAAUUUCUCAGCCUUUUGGUGAAAAUUCAAAUGAUCCAUGUGAAGAUAAAAUUGGUAAUAUAAGGCAAGGAUCAGAACUAGUGAGUAAAAAUGAAAUUUCCCUUUCUUUUGACUUGAGUCACAAUGCACAUGUGACUCAAAUGUCUGAAAAUCAAAACAGUGAAUCUUUGUGUACUGAACCUCCUUAUGUUACACCAAUAAAUGAUAGAAGCAGAUGUUCCUUUACAAAAUCAAAAUCUGACUGUGAUGAUACCAAAAGUAAAAAGGAGAAAGAAUCAAGAAUUAGCAAAAGAAAGCUACAUACAUCUUCUAGGGCUGAGAACAUAUCACUUAAAGAUUUAAAACAGUAUAAAAUUUAUGGGAAAAAGAGGAGGCUAGCCAGUCAAAAUUCAUCUGAGUGUUUUUCUUCAUUAUCCCAAGGACGAAUAAAAACAUUUUCACAGUCAGAAAAGCACAUUAGGAGUGUCCUGGAUAUUCUAAAUAGUGAAGCAUCCUUAUGCAAAAGCAAAUGUCUUUCUAGAAAACUAGACAAAGCUGUUAUUCACUUAAAAAAAGCUCACAGAAGAGUUCAUACGUCUUUACAGCUUAUAACUAAAGUCGGAGAAAAAAGAAAGGGCCCGUUACCAAAAUCAUACGCCAUAAUAUGCAAUAAUUUCUGGGAAAGCUGUGACCUCCAAGGGUAUAGUUCUGUAUCUCAAAGAAAACAUCCUACUGAGCAUUUUUUGUCAAAAAGAAAUCAUGACAAACAGGGAGAGAAAAGAACUUUAAGCUUUGUUGGUGCUAAGUCGUCAACCCAUGUAUCAAAGCACAAGUCUUACAAAACAAAUGAAGAGAAAAUCACAAAUUGCCUUUCCAAGAAAAGCAUGGCUAGCAGUGUCUCCAAAAGUCACUCCACUAUUCAAGAGAGAGAAUUUUGUGAUCAAAAACAACACCCUGAAUCACAGUUGCCCCUAUCUUCCACAUCUCAAAGUACAAGUCUGUCAGCUUAUAAUAACAGUAUGAGAAAUCCUCAAUCAUCAGAACUUCUGCCCUUUUCUAGAAAAACUGGGUUUCUGCUUUCUCCAAACUGCUUAGAUGAGAAAUUAAUUGAAAAGGAAAAUCAAAUUAAUAUAAAGUUUUCAUCUAACAUUAAUAAAUGUGAAAAGCUUGAGAACCAUUCAGCACAUAAUAAUAUUAAGGAUGCAGCAAAAGAAAACAGUUAUGAGACAGAUGAAGUAAUAAAUGAAAGUAAUUCAGGAUCUUUAAGUUGCAUAAAAGAAAACACGAGUUAUAACUCAGACAAAAGUUAUGAUGCAACUUGUAUACCUUGUACAGAGGUGAAAACUGACUUACUUAUUUCAGUCUUAGAAUCAAAUGUGGAGCACUUGUUAAAUGUUGAUAUCUACCAACAAGAUAACCUCAUUCUGUCUGGUUGUGAAAGAAACCCGAAUGUAAAUUUUCCUAUGGAAAAGUGGACAGCUCCUACUGAGAGCUCCAAACGAAGCGCCAUUACAGGAAAAUUAUUUAUGAACCCUUUAACCCUAACUUUGUUGGCAGGCAAAAAGUAUAGUAUUCCUCCAUUGUUAUCAGUCACUGAGGUGACAGAUACUGAGGACAAAUCUUCAAAAUCUUACUUGGAUAAACAGAGAAUGUUCACUGUAGAUUCUGUUGAAGCAUCUACUGUAUCACACUAUCAGCAGAGAUGUGGUGGAAAGGAACUUCUAAGGACAGAACAAUGCUCUUCAAUUAAUUGCUUCCAUACAGGUGGGAAUGAAGCAAAUACUACAGAGAAUUCUGAGUUGAAUCUAGCAUCAAUAACUGAAAAAAGUAAAAGUUAUGGGGAAAAUAUAAUGAAACUAGCUUCAGAUGGCAGUUCUCUGCUCUUAAAAGAUCACAUAAAAGGCUCUGCUUCAAAAAAACAUAUUGUAAAGAAAGACAUUCAGGACAGAAAAAUGUGGAAAAUUAAGCAAGCAGAAAAAGCAAAAGAUUUCAUUUACAAAAGAAGCAUGACUGAAUCAACUGUUGAGACUGAAUACAAAAAUCAAGAGAAUAAGAUCUUAGAAAAAUCCUUCCACUUAAAUGAGAAAACAAUUAAAAAUAACUUGAUUGAUUCUCAUGUAAGCAUUAAAAAUACUACUAAGGCAGUCUCUUUGAAUAACACAGUUUCUAAUCAGCUUAACAAAUACGAGAAGAAGGAGAAAAUUAAAGUUAGUAAUGAUCCUAAAUCUGACUCGACAUUGCAUUCAGAAAUUGCCUGUAUUUCCAAACCAGACCUUCUAAGAGUUAAUCAUAUGCCUGUUUUACAUGCUCACUCUAAAACCUCUAAAGUCAGUGCUCUUCCAAAGAAGCUUACAUCAUACAUAAGUGAAUCAAAAGAAAAGCAUUGCUCGGAUAAUCAAACGGCCCUUAUAGCUAAGCUGUCUCAAAUUUUGCGAAGAGCAGAUGAAGCAUCAUCUUUGCCGAUUCUACAGGAAGAAACCAAGGUUUGUCAAAAUCUUCUCCCUUUGUUUGUUGAAGCUUUUGAAAGAAAGCAAGAAAGUUCAGUUGAACAGAUCUUGGUUUCAAGAGAACUGUUGGUAGACCAAAACCUUUGGAAUAAUUACAAGCACAAAUUAAAACCGUCUGCUGUUGACACCUUGGUAGAACUACAAAUGAUGAUGGAGACUAUUCAGUUCAUUGAAAAUAAAAAAAGGCUCUUAGAAGGUGAACCAACAUUUCGAAGCUUGCUUUGGUAUGAUGAGACGUUGUAUGCUGAGCUUCUUGGCAGACCACGUGGAUUUCAACAGCAGUCUAAUUUUUAUCCAGCUUUUCAAGGAAGGUUAAAAUAUAAUGCAUUCUGUGAGUUACAAAUUUACCAUGAUCAGUUAAUUGAAUUGUUUGAAGAAACAGAAAGGGAAAAUAAUUCAUACUAUGCAUUCUUAAAAUACAAACGACAGAUUAAUGAAUGUGAAGCCAUAAUGAAACGUUGUUGCGAUUGUUUUGAUUUUUCUCUUUCUGUUCCAUUUACCUGUGGGGUUAACUUUGGAGAUAGUUUAGGCGAUCUAGAAACCUUAAGAAAAAGUACUUUACAGCUGAUCAGUAUACACGCAGACGCUCCAAAAGUUCAUUCAGAUCCAGGAAAACAAGACCAUCUGUGGAUUAUCAUAGAAAUGAUCUCCUCAAAAGUUAAUUUUAUCAAGAGCAAUGAGGCAGUAAGUAUUAAAAUAUCUCUUUAUGGUCUGGAACAUAUUUUUUUUGAUGCUGCAAAAAAUCUUGUUUGGAAAGAGAGAAGACAAUCUUUUAACAAAAAGCACUCACAGAAGAACAAAGAAAUGUUACUCAAAAUAAAUCAGUGUGCUUUUUCUAAGUUACAGACGAUAUAUGAUACUUUGUCUAAAGAUUUAAACAGUGAACCAGUUUCUAAUAUUGAACUUGAGGAGGAUACUAUGAUUGCUUCUGGAAAGGUAGAUCAUCUAACAAACAAAGCAACGAGUGGCAUAGAAAAUUGCAGGUUUAACAGUACUUUGUUUUCACACCCAGAUAUAUGUUGUAUUAGUGAAAUACUAGAUCAAGCUGAAUUUGCAGACCUUAACAGAUUACAGGAUCUCACCUUGAGAUGUACAGAUCACUUAGAAAUGUUAAAAAAAUACUUUCAGAUGCUACAAGAAGAUAACAUAGAUAAUAUUUUUAUCACAGAAGAAAACGUUUUGGAUAUGAUGAAAAACCACAACCAUGGAUCUGUGAUUUUAAAACCUGAAGCUAUUGAAAUAUAUAUUGAAGUUGUCAUGGUCUCAGAAACGGUUCACUUUCUGAAAAACUUGAUAGCAAAGAAACUAGACAAACAGAGGUUGCGAGGUAUGCUUUGGUUUGAUUUGUCACUCCUCCCUGAGCUGGUUCACUGCCAAGAAAAAAUGACUUCUUUUUCAUUUCUUAAAGGUAACACAACAAAUGUUUGCCUUUGGAAAAUGAUAGAGUCUGCUAUUUCUGAACUUAACAAAGAUCUGGAUAUUAUCUACAAAUAUGAUGAAGCUGUUAACAGCUCAUACGCUCUUCAUUUGCUCUCAAGAGAACUUGAAGAGCUUACAGAAAUAAAAAAGCUUCUAAAGAAGUCCAAGUAUUCCAUUUCCACAUAUAUUGACUUUGUGCCAUGUAUAGCAUCCAUAAAUUAUGGCAGCACUGUGACAGAGUUAGAAUACAACUACAAUCAGUUUUCUACACUGCUCAAAAAUAUAAUGUCUGCCCCUCAAAAAGAUUUAGGAAAAAUGGCCCACAUUAUGAAAGUCAUGAAAACAAUUGAACACAUGAAGAUUAUAUGUGCUAAAAAUGCUAAAUUAACCAUUUCCUUUAUUCUGUGCCAAAUGCUGUGUAACAGAAGGAAGGCUGCCCAAUUGAACAGAAAAGAAAAGAUGGAUUUUCAUGUUAUAAAACCUGGUGAAAAUAUCAGUAAGUCUAGUAUGUCGAUGAAAGUGCCCUCAACUUCAGAAUCCAUAAUAAAAAAUGUUUCAGAUUCCUCUAAAAAACGACAUAUCACUUUGGACAAAUGUGAAGAUUCUCAGGAACAAGAGAAAAAUACUACUAUUUCCAGUUCUAAAAAGCCAAAGAUGAAUGUGGAAAAUGCCACAAAAAUCAACAGAGAAAAGACAGCAUUUGAGCAUCCAAGGAAUACAGUAUCUUAUCCUAGAAGUGAAAACAAAAUAGCAUCAAGUUUAUCCGAUGAUCUGAAGAGAAACUAUGUUUCUCCAAAAGCGAUUGAAAUGCAAAGAUCACUACCUUUAAAGAACCUAAAAGACACUUGCACAUCAAAAUCAGAAAGCAAAACAGGUUUGACUUAUAUUUCAUCUGAUACUUCAGAACACUUCACUGGACAACUGGGAAAUUUAAAUAACAUGAAGGAAAAAAAUGUGAAUUGGAGUGCUGCUGAAACAAAAAGUGGUAACAAAGACUGUGCUGCUUUUGUAAUUUGUGACCAAAAAAGUGUGGAUGGCACAUUUUCUACAAACCCUGAGACACCUUCUCAGAACUUUAUUAAAAAAUCCCUACAUCCCAUCCAGAAAUCUUGUCUUUCAGGCACAGAACCAGGAAUGAAUACUUCUCUUGUGCCUCAUGUAUCAUUGCCCUCAAAGUCUGUUUUCCAUUUUGUGAGGGAUAGACAUACCAGUCUAGAAAUGAAUGACACCGUCUUUGAACUUCAAGAUAGUGAAAUAGUAAAUUCAUCUAUUAAAAAGCCCACAUGCAUGACUUCUCCAAAACCCAUUUUUGUCCAGAAUGAAAUUCCUGUUCUGCAAAUAAAUAAAACACAGCCUGCAAAAAUGGAGUCAGAGGGGAAAUAUGUGACGGAUACAUUGAAUCCCAACAUUAUACCUUGUGGAGGAUCUGGGCACAUAACCCUUAAUGUGAAUCAAACAGCUGAGUACUCUCUUUCUGAACAAGAGGAUGAUGAAAAUUCCAAAGUCCCAACUCAGAAUGCUGCCACAUAUUGGAAUGAACUUCCACAGUCUGCAUGUACCUCGGUGUAUAAUUCUUCUGAGCAUUCAUUUGGAGCUUCAUAUCCGUACUAUGCUUGGUGUGUUUACCAUUACAGUAGCAGCAAUGGCCGUGCCUUGACCCAGACAUACCAAGGGAUAACAUCAUAUGACGUACAGCCACCUCCCUCUGGGAUGUUGACUACAGUUUCAAGUACUGUCCAGAGCACACAUUCUAACCUCCUGUACUCUCAAUAUUUUAGUUACUUUGCUGGGGAGUCUCAAGCAAAUGGUUUUGUGCCAAUGAAUAGGUAUUUUCCGUCUCAAAUGCCUGUUUCUUACAAUUUUCAGCAGCCGAUUUUUUCACAGUAUGCUUUUCAGCAGCCAUUUCCACAAGCUGCAUACCCUUACCCUCCUAAUUCAGGUGUGCUUCCAGAAGUCCCUUGGAUUUAUGCUCCAUGGCAGCAAGAAUCUUUUCAGCCAAGGCACUGAAAAUAGUCUGUCUACUGAAAUAA